CUGGUCAUAGGUAGCAUCCUCGCGCGUGCGGCCGGUGGGGUCGAAGGCAUCAGUGAGAAGGGACUGCCUCCUCAGAUGCUCCCGAAUCCUCCGGUGAGGCUCGGGUACGUUUGUUGCGAUGGCCUAGCCAAGGGCCACGCGGACGGCACAUAUGAACGAUUCAGCGACUCGAAAGUGGGCGGCGAUGGGUUCGCUGGGUUCGGGUCGACCGACGGUGAGACGGGGUUAGGCUCAGGCUCAGACGGGGCUGGCUUUGACAGAACGAGGUUGGGCUGGGGUUCCGUUGACAUCGCGGGUGGUAGUUGA